AUGAUCUCAUGGCACGACCUCUACACGGUCCUCACGGCCGUGAUUCCUCUCUACGUCGCCAUGAUCCUCGCUUACGGCUCCGUACGGUGGUGGAAAAUCUUCUCUCCCGACCAAUGCUCCGGAAUCAACCGCUUCGUCGCCAUAUUCGCCGUACCUCUCCUCUCCUUCCACUUCAUCUCCACCAACAAUCCUUACGCCAUGAACCUCCGUUUCAUCGCCGCCGACACUCUCCAGAAAAUCAUCAUGCUCUGUCUUUUAGUCCUUUGGGCUAACUUCACCCGUUCCGGUAGUCUUGAGUGGAGCAUCACGAUCUUCUCUCUCUCUACACUGCCUAACACACUCGUUAUGGGAAUCCCUCUCUUGAUCGCUAUGUACGGUGAAUACGCCGGUUCGCUCAUGGUCCAAGUCGUUGUACUCCAGUGUAUCAUUUGGUACACGCUUCUUCUUUUCCUCUUUGAGUUUCGUGGAGCAAAGAUGCUUAUCAUGGAACAGUUCCCUGAGACAGCUGCUUCUAUAGUUUCUUUCAAGGUUGAAUCCGACGUCGUUUCACUCGACGGUCAUGAUUUUCUUGAGACCGACGCUGCGAUCGGCGACGACGGGAAACUUCACGUUACCGUGAGGAAGUCGAACGCUUCCCGUCGGUCGUUUUGUGGACCGAACAUGACUCCACGACCGUCGAAUCUUACCGGAGCUGAGAUUUAUAGCCUUAGUACAACUCCUAGAGGCUCAAAUUUCAACCACUCUGAUUUCUACUCCAUGAUGGGUUUCCCCGGUGGUCGUCUCUCCAAUUUUGGUCCGGCGGAUAUGUACUCCGUUCAGUCCUCGAGAGGCCCCACUCCUCGACCUUCUAACUUCGAGGAGAAUUGUGCUAUGGCUUCUUCUCCAAGAUUCGGGUAUUACCCUGGAGGAGGAGGAGCCGGAUCUUACCCGGCUCCAAAUCCUGAGUUCUCCUCAACUACCACAUCUACGGCUAAUAAAGCCGUCAGUAAAAAUCCGAAAGAUGUCAACACGAAUAAUCAGCAAAAUCUUGCAACUGCCGGGAAGGCGAAUAAUCAUGACGCGAGCGCCAAAGAGCUCCACAUGUUCGUGUGGAGCUCUAGUGGCUCCCCUGUUUCAGACCGGGCGGGUCUAAACGUUUUCGGAGGAGCCACCGAUCUAGGAACUAACAACAACGAACAAGGUGGAAGAUCUGACCAAGGUGCUAAAGAGAUCAGAAUGUUAGUCCCUGAUCAAUCUCAAAACGGCGAGACCAAAGCUCUAGCUCGUCCAGCGAGUGGUGAUUUCGGAGGUGAACAAUUUACUUUCGCCGGAAGAGAAGAAGAAGGAACGAAAGAUGCCGAGAACGGACUGAACAAAAAUGGUCCAAAUUCCUCGGCGGAGCUACAAUCAAAGACAGGCCUUGGAGCUACCGGAGGCGAAGCAAGUCACGGGAAACAGAUGCCUCCGGCGAGCGUGAUGACAAGGCUUAUACUGAUAAUGGUGUGGAGGAAACUAAUCAGGAACCCAAACACUUACUCUAGUCUCAUUGGUCUCAUUUGGGCUCUUGUUGCUUUCCGGUGGCACGUGGCGAUGCCGAAAAUCAUACAACAAUCUAUCUCCAUUCUAUCUGAUGCUGGUCUUGGAAUGGCAAUGUUCAGUUUGGGGUUGUUCAUGGCGUUGCAACCCAAAUUAAUCGCUUGUGGGAAUUCCGUGGCAACGUUUGCGAUGGCGGUUAGGUUCCUCACAGGUCCGGCCGUCAUGGCAGUUGCCUCUAUAGCCAUAGGAUUACGUGGUGAUUUAUUACGUGUCGCCAUUGUUCAGGCCGCAUUGCCUCAAGGAAUUGUGCCUUUUGUGUUUGCAAAGGAGUACAAUGUUCAUCCCGCUAUUUUGAGUACCGGGGUAAUAUUCGGAAUGCUUAUAGCGCUUCCGAUUACGCUGGUUUACUACAUUCUACUCGGUUUAUAA